GGCUCUCCUGACACCGCUGCUGCUGUUGGUGGUUUUAUUACAACGGUGUGCAGUAGCCACGCCCCGGCUGCUGACAGAGUGUGACACUGGUGCGUGGCUCCCUAACCUGUGCUGCUUCUGCCGUGUGACCCUGUCUUGGGCAGAGACGGUAACUGCCUCCGUUUCACAGAUGAGCACAGGCAAGGAGUGGUUGAAGACACGCUGCGCCAAUGGCAGUGGGAAAGCUGGCAUUCAAACCUAGGAACCCGGGCCAGCUGGCUCUAGGCUCACAGCCCUCCCCGCCGAGCCCACUGCCUGGGCCCCCGAAGGAACCUGCCCCCUGAGCCCUGCUUCCUGACAACUCCGCUCUCCAGGGCGGAUGCUCCAGCCCAUAGGCUCCUAGCCCUGCACGUGCUGUCCUCCACUUUCUCUGAGGGGCUCUGCUGUAGUGUGUGCUUGCUUUGUGGUCAACAUAACCUCUCUGUUUACCCAUCUCAGGUGACACCAAGUUGAAAACCGUCCAGGGUGUCGUGACAAGGUACUGCAGCGAUUAUGGCAUGAUCGAUGACUUGAUCUACUUCUCUAGUGAGGCUGUGACUAGCAAAGUUCUUCUAAACGUUGGACAGGAAGUUAUUGCGGUUGUGGAAGAAAAUAAAGUGUCGAAUGGACCGAAAGCGAUCCGGGUAGAAGCUGUCUCGGAUAAAUGGGAAGAUGACAGCAAAAACCACAGCCCAGGGCUGUCCGACUCCAGCCCCCGGGUGCUGAUUGGCUGCGUGACCUCACUGAGGGAUGGCGCUGGCUACAUCAGCCAGACCACAUACUUCUCCCGGGAGAGCGUUUGUGAAGGUUUUGAGCCCUGCAAGGGAGACUGGGUGGAGGCCGAGUACUGGAUCCGGCCGGGCACAUGGAGCAGCGAGGCCGUAUCGGUGAAGCCGCUGAGGUACAAGCGCGUGGACAGGGUCUGUGUGUCUAGCCUCUGUGGAAGAAACGGGGUGAUUGACGACUGCAUCUUUUUUACCUUGGACUCCCUAAAACUUCCGGAAGGAUAUGUGCCUCGGAGACACGACGUGGUCAGUGCAGUGGUGGUGGAGAGCAGCCAGUCGUGCUACGUGUGGCGGGCGCUGUGCCUAACGCCCGUGCACAGGCGGGACUUCUCCACCCCCGAGGAGGCCGCCGGGGAGGCCUGUGGAGCCCUUUUACAAAACAAAGGUGACGUCGAGGUCACAAGGAUGACAAAUUUUGGAACAAUGAAAGAAGGAGGAUGUAAAAGUAUGGUGAUCUGUAUAGAGAAUAAAGGAGACGUUCCUCAGUACUUAGUCUGUUGCAAACUGGCUGGCUGGGACAAAGCUAAACAGUUCCGAUUUCAGAUGCUGGAUAAAACUCAGAGGUGCUCCGUGGUGUCUCUUGUUUCUCUUCCUGAGGAGGAGAAGAAUUUUUCAGAUGAAACUAUUAACUCAUUAGACAGCUGCAGAAAAACUGACACCUGUCAGACAUUGGAGAGCAGCUUGGGGAACAGCAGAGCAGUCUCUCCAGAUGACUGUGCCUGUAAAGGAGGAAGCGGAGAAAAGGAAAAGUGUGCAUCAAGGAAACAGGUGACAGAGCCUGAGCCCGGCAGGCUCAUCCCUCCAGGCGGACAAACCCUGAUUGUGAUCAUAUGUGAAGCGAAGAACUCCGGCCGCUGCAAGGAGCUCCUUCUGCUUUGCUUCUCCAAUUUCAUAAUCGGGCGAUUCCUUGAAGUGACCGUCGUGAGUGAGGAGGAGUCAUUGAUAGCGGUCCGAGAACCGUUUUCAUGGAAAAAGUCAAAAAGUUCCCAAGCAUUAGUUUCUACAAAAACUACAGUUGUUGUGACCACGCAGAAAAGGAACUCAAGACGACAGCUUCCAAGUUUUCUCCCACAGUAUCCUAUUCCAGACAGACUGAAAAGGUGUGUGGAACAGAAAAUCGACAUCCUGACCUUCCAGCCGCUGCUGGCUGAGCUUUUGAAUAUGUCCAACUACAAGGAGAAGUUUUCAACUUUGCUGUGGCUGGAGGAGAUUCACGCGGAGAUAGAGCUGAAAGAGUACAACAUGACUGGGGUCACCCUGAGAAGGAACGGGGACUUCCUGGUUCUGGAGGUCCCCGGGCUGGCUGAGAGCAGGCCCUCCGUGUAUGCAGGUGACAGACUGAUUUUAAAAACUCAGGAGUACAACGGACACAUCAUCGAGUACAUUGGCUACGUGAUCGAGAUUCAUGAGGAAGAUGUAACUCUUAAAUUUAAUCCAGAAUUUGAACAAGCAUAUAACUUUGAGCCUAUGGACGUGGAAUUUACGUAUAACAGGACCACCAGCAGACGGUGCCACUUUGCACUUGAACAAGCCAUCCACUUGGGUGUAAAAGUGUUGUUUCCGGAAGAAAUCAUUUUGCAGUCUCCCCAAGUUAUGUGGGAUUGGAACCGUGCACAGGACACCCAGACCGAUGGCCCACCCGCCUCCAAGGGUAGGAAAGCCACGAGGGACCCAGCUCAGGUCGGAGUUGAGGAGCGGCAGGCCGGUGCCGCGCAGGCAAGCGGUCUGGUUGGCAAGACCCCAAAAGCCAGAGAGAAGGAGUUUUUCAAUUUGAUGCUCAACGAAAACCAGAAGUUAGCAGUGAGGAGGAUUCUGAGUGGUGACUGCCGCCCACUCCCUUACGUUCUCUUUGGGCCUCCUGGAACCGGGAAGACAGUGACAAUAAUAGAGGCUGUUUUACAGGUGUUCUACGCUCUGCCGGACAGUCGGACCCUGGUGUGCGCGCCGUCCAACAGCGCUGCCGACCUCGUGUGUCUGCGUCUGCACAAGAGCCAGGCGCUGCGGCCUGGAGCCAUGGUCCGCAUGAACGCCACCUGCCGGUUCGAGGAGACCAUCACAGAGGCCAUCAAGCCUUACUGCCGCGAUGGGGAGGACGUCUGGAGGGCCUCGCGCUUCAGGGUCGUCAUCACCACGUGCAGCAGCGCGGGGCUCUUCUACCAGAUAGGGCUGAGGGUCGGACAUUUCACACACGUAUUCGUGGACGAAGCGGGGCAGGCGAGCGAGCCGGAGUGUCUGAUCCCCCUGGGGCUGGUCUCGGACAUCACUGGCCAGAUCGUCCUUGCCGGAGACCCCAUGCAGCUCGGGCCAGUCAUCAAGUCCAGGCUGGCCAUGGCCUACGGGCUGAGUGUCUCCAUGCUGGAGAGACUGAUGUCCCGACCGGCCUAUAUGCGAGACGAAGACGCUUUUGGGGCCUGUGGCGCCUACAACCCCUUGUUGGUGACGAAGCUCGUGAAGAACUAUCGGUCCCACUCGGUGCUGCUGGCCCUGCCGUCCAGGCUCUUCUACCACCGGGAGCUUGAAGUCUGCGCGGACCCCACAGUGGUGACGUCCUUGCUGGGCUGGGAGAAGUUACCGCGGAAGGGCUUCCCCCUUGUCUUCCACGGAGUGAGGGGCAGCGAAGCUCGGGAAGGGAGGAGCCCGUCCUGGUUCAACCCUGCCGAGGCCGUGCAGGCCAUGCGCUACUGCUGCCUGCUGGCCCGCAGUGUCUCCAGCCAGGUGUCCGCCAGCGACAUUGGGGUCAUCACGCCCUACCGGAAGCAGGUGGAGAAAAUCAAAGUUCUUUUGCGAAAUGUUGAUCUGACAGAUAUAAAGGUUGGAUCUGUGGAGGAGUUUCAGGGGCAAGAAUAUCUGGUCAUCAUCAUCUCAACUGUACGGUCAAAUGAAGAUAGCUUUGAAGAUGAUAGAUAUUUUUUGGGAUUCUUGUCCAACUCAAAAAGAUUUAAUGUUGCAAUCACCAGACCCAAAGCCUUGCUGAUUGUGCUGGGAAACCCUCACGUUCUUGUCAGAGUGAGCUGCGGCCAGUGGGCCCAGGGGCGGGGGUCCCAGCGGGGCACUGCUGGGUGCAAGGCCAGGUCCUCUGUUUGCACAGGAUCCCUGUUUCGGCGCCCUGCUGGAAUACAGCAUCACAAAUGGUGUCUACACGGGGUGCAACCUGCCGCCGGAGCUGCAGUCCCUGCAGAAGUGAGCCCUUCCGUCUCCCUAAAGGGUGAACGCUGGUCCUGCUCCCCAGGCCCACCCUCGGCCUUGCAGGGCGGAGCAGGGUCUGGCCUCAUGGGCUGCGGCGGCCACUCUCCAUCCAGAUGACAUCUGGGGUCAGCGUCUCCCCUGCCCACACAGCUUCACAAAUAACUCUGGUGCCCCUCGGACCACGUUGGGGAGGGGGGCCAGCCCCAGCCCACUGCGGUGCUCGCCAUGGGGAGCCCUAUUCACCAGCCCCUGGCCUUCCUGUGUCUGCAGCCGUGUGAGGCCCCCCUCCAACCAGAGCCAGUCCCUGAGGGGCCGGACAGGACUGCCCGUAAAGGAGGGCCAGGGCCUGUCGCCCCUCCCCCCAGGGACCGCCAUCUGUGCUGCAGCCCCUGCUGCGCGCCUUAUCCCACAGCCUUGGCCACGAGGAGGCCCCAAGCCUGCCGCCUGCUCAUGCUGCUGUCAGCCCUGCGUGCCAGCCGGCGCCUGCCCCUGGGCAGCUACUCCAUCACUGAAAUAAACCCUCGAGUGGCUCACUGUGUGGCCUCCACCUCA